CUUGCAAAUCCAGUCGCCCGGUCAGAACAAAAGCAAGAAUGUAGAUGGUACCAUGGAACAGGAACAAGAAGAAAGUGGGGGAACCUGGAAAUUCCUUUUGGUUCCACACUUGAACAAACCAAGCACGGAUAGUGGUCCAAGACAGUAGGUUCUCUUGGGAACGGCAGUGUGCUAAAAUUCUAAAAUUACUGGCCCAAAAUGGAGCAAGACGCGGUGGAGGACUUGGUUAAAACCAUGGGAUUGGGAGAAAUCCCAAUCAUUAACCAUGUCAACAAGGCUCUCCACCAUCAAUUGAUUCAAAACCAGUUGGAUAUUGCUCAACUAGAAGCUCAAUUGGACCAAGAGAGUGAUGACGUUGAACAAUUAUUCAAUCAUGUGGAGGCCGUGGAAUCAGAGUGUGUCACAAAGAAGUAUUUCAUACAAGCUCGGAAAGAUGAAUUGGAAGGUGAACGGGAUAUUUUGAAGAUCAGUGUCAAUUAUAAAGAGAGGAAUGCCAAAGAAAACGUUCAGUGCUCCGAGGCCUUGGAAGAUACUCUCCUGGAUGUGGAAACUCUCGAUAAGAAGUGGGAGAGUGCUCAGGUUACCUUGGACCUGAUGAACCAAGAGCAUUCUCAAGACCAGGAGCGGAUCCAAAAGUGGAACAAGGACACAGAAAACAUCGAAAAAGAUAUAUAUGAAGUACUCAAAUUUCAUUUUCAAGACGAAAACCACAUCAAGGAAUCUAACCUCAAAGUUAGCAAGCUCCAAAUGCAACUAAAUGAACAAAAAUCGACCCUGGACGAAAGCUCCACCGUGAACAAAAUGACCAAUUCCGCUUUACUUAAAGCUGCUCAAGAAUUCCGGAAGAUCCAUUCCGAACGACAAGAAGUUAUGUGUAAAUGGUCCGAAGCCAUUGAAUUGGCCAAGUCAAGAGAUUCACAAAUCCAAGGCCUCUUUGAAGAGAUCAAUAAAGUCAAGGACAAAGGCCGCCGGAGAAGCCUUGAUUUGAAACAACAACUAAUGUUCUUGACCAACGAAAAGAAGAACAUUGCCGAGCUUGAUCUUCGUAUCAAAGACCUUGAAAGGCAAAUCAAUCGUCACGACGAAAAUAUGAAGGCCAAAGAAAAGGCGUUGGACGAUCUGGAAAACGAAAUCACUUUAGAGGAUCGUGUAACUAUGAAAGCUGGAGCCGAGAUCGCCAGUAGAAGAAAAAGAAUCAAGGAACUAAAGCAUCAGAGAAACACGUUAAAAAAGCGUAAGGAGGCCUUAGAGAUUGAGUUGGGGGAUGUGAAGCAAAGACAAUUGAAAGUCACCAAUUCCAUGCUCUCUGCCGAAGACAAAGCCAAGGAAAUGGACAAGAUCCUGACCGACGAGGAGAAAAGAAGAGACAUUGCCCAAUGGGAUUUGGAUUUGCUUCGGCAGAAGAAAGUCCGAGCUGAGCAGGAGCUCAAAGAAGCCACCAAGGAAGAAAUGGCCAUCGGCCUCCGACACAAAGCCUUGAAAAUGGAAAGAGUUAAUCUAACAACCAAGACCAAGAGCGUAAAGGGCCAAUUGACAAAGAAAGAGGAUCUAGCCUCGGCAGCAGCCUUUAAAGUAGCCACUUUGGAACGUGAAUUGGACCAACUGCAAGGAAAAAUGUCGAUUGAAGUCCGCUCAGAGCUCAAAAAAGAGCUGGAAGUCUUCAAGGAAGAAUUGGAAGCUCGCAAAGGUGACAAGAGGAAUAUGGAUCAUUUACUCCAUAAAAUCGAGGCUGAUGUUCGCAAGAUUUCCCGUGAGAUCGAAAACUUAACCCAAGAUGUCAGUGGGCUGGUUUCGAGGAUCGAGGAUGUUUCUCUUCAAAGCGAGAACAGUAAGAAACGACACUCUCAUUGGCAUGAAAAAUUGGAGAGCUUAAUCCUGGAGGAAAAGUUACUACUCGUCUCCGAGAGAAAAGCCAAAGAAGAUUUAAACAAUCUGAACCAGAUGCUACUAGACUUGAACAAAGAAAUGAUUGCCAAGGAUGAUGAAUACAGACGAAGGAAAAGCGAUCUUGAGGGCCAGAAGGAAUCUCUCCAAGCCCAACACAAACAUAUGAAGGAAGACAUGAGAUUGGUCAAACAAGAAAUCCGCAAGACCCAAGAGCAAAGUGAUCUCAUCAAAAUUCGAUAUGACCACCUAGUCAAGAGCCUUGGAGAUUCUAAAACCUUUGAUGACAAGAAGGCACCUUCGCAUGCUUUCCACCUGGUUCAAUUAGCUCAAGAAAAGGCUGAGCUCAAGGAUCAGGCUAAUGUUUUAGACGUUCACUUGCAGAAAGAGGAGCGAGAGCUCCUGGAUCUUCAGAAAACGAUGGCCUUACUUCGAAACUCCAAUGACAAAUACCGAGCUUCCAAUUUCCGACGAGACAACCAAGAUUCUGACGAUGUUCGGGAUCUUCAACAGAAAAUAAAGGGCUUGAACGGCACCAUGGAGAAGUCCAAGAACGAACUUGAGGCUUUGGAUGCCGAGAUCAAAUUGAAAGAAUUCCAGAUCAUCAAGCUAGACUCCGAGCUCGAGAUGGCUCAAAGUAUUUCCGAUGAGCGAUCAGCCGAUUUGAAGGCUCUGAAGAUUGAUAUCAAGGACCAGGAAUUGAAACUCGAAAGAGCGAAAAGACAACAGGACAAGUUGUCCAACGCUCUAAAGGCCGAGGUGACCAAUGCUCACCAAUAUGAGCAUGAUAUGGAUCUAAGGACCGAGAAGGAGAAACAACGCGGGACUCUAAUCAAAUUGAGAGAGCUCUCCAUUGGAGAUCCAAACUUUUCUGUCAAUUGCCAGUCCCAAAUUGAGAAACUUGGCCUCCCACUGCCAACAUUGAGCCGUUUGGAAAUGCAAUCGAGCAGUGGAUUUCAAAGGCGGAGCUUCAGUGCUUCCAGAGAGAAUCUUUCUUCAACUAGGAGCUCCGCUACCAAGACUUCAUUUUAUCGACGAAGCGCUGCUGCUAAGCGAACAACUUCGAUGACCAGGUCAUCAUCUACGAAUAGCCUGCUAGUUAUGGAACUAAACCACGUGGCACCGGCUAUGGACGUUCAACCGAUUCGAACACAACUGCCAGUUAUCAAUUGAAUACAAACGUUUGUAUGCUUAAAUUUACCAAGCUUGUGGAGGUGAUAUGCUAAAUAUAAACUAUCUCACACUUUAUCAAAAAAGAAAGCAAACACAAAAUGUUAGUCAUUGAAAAUUUG